UGGGGGAAAAAACUAAAGGGGAAAAGAAGGAAAAGUGCCGUGGUGACUGAGCUACGGCAGAUUCAGCUAUAAUAACCGGAUCGCUGAGAUAUGCUAGUCACAGCCUGCAUCUGAUAAGUAGCCCAAGACCUUUCAGAAGUGUUUGCGAUAAAGUUGUGCUUGUAUCGCUUAGUAGGCGUUUCAUUUGAAUGUUUUGCAGCAUUAAAGUGCAGGAAUAAUCAGCGCUUUUACCUUGAAGAUCCAGCCUCCGCAGAAACUUGAAAUUAAAAAUACAUUUAAAAAGUGGAGGAGUGGAUAUUUCUACGCCCUUUGCGUCCUGGUGACAGCGGUCAGGUCGCCUGCAUGGACAGUUGUAGAUCGUGUCUAUACUUACGGUUAGGGCGAGGGCUAUUUAUCUAGUUACUUUGUAGCACGUCGUUGGAAAGAAGUGUUAAAAAGUUACACUCGAUAGCGUUUUAAUGGGAAUAUCUUAGAAUCCGAUUGCGGGGGGUAAUUCCUCCCCAAGACUGGGAGCCCAGGCUCGCAGACAGAUCCCCUUUUCAGCCUUUUAAGGGCAACUGCCUGCAACUGAGUUCUGGCGUCCGGACAGCUACUUGUGUUGCUUCGUUAAUCGUGAUUCACCUUUGAUUCAGUCCGGCGGGGUGGGGGUCGCAAACUCUGCCAGGGGGGGAGGAAGUUUAAAAAGUAACUUUUACCGGCAUGGGAGCCGCCUGCAACGCUUGAUCGCAACCGGCCGCCUCACCAUGCAGAUGUCCCGGGGCCAGCUUGAAGCGCACCGACCAUAAGUGGUACUGUGGUUAGCCGGACACCCCCGCUACCCAUCCAUCAGUGGAUACAAGGAGCAAUCAGUGGCCGCGCUAAUAAAACUGGAUACAAAAUGGCGGCGUGGCCGGGACACAUGGGAUCGGCGUCUUGGUGUGUUUUGUACCUGCUCUCGUCGCUGGGGCUGCUGGCCGGAUCCGGCUCCGCUUUGCUCUGUCCCACGAACUGCACAUGCGAAGCGGACUCGGUGGACUGCGGCGGCCUGGGGCUGACGGACACGCCGCCGGAGCUGCCGGCCCAGACGGUCUCCCUAAACCUGAGCCACAACAAGCUGAGGACAAUCGAUGCCGCAGCCCUCUCCCUGCUCUCUGGCCUGCGUGAGCUGCACCUGGACCACAAUGAAUUGACUUCGAUCCCAUCGCUAGGAGCUGUGUCCAAAAAUAUUGUGUCCCUUUUCCUGAAUCACAACAAAAUCCAGAGCAUCGACGGUCCCAGCCUGCAGAACCUCACUGCCUUGGAGACACUGGACCUGAACAACAACAAGGUUUCCGAGGUCCGCGCCCGCUGCUUCCCGGCCGGCCUGCGGAUCAGAGACCUGUACCUGGGCAGCAACAGGAUCAGCUAUGUGGAGCCUGGUGCCUUCAGCAGCCUGUCGGGCAGUUUGCAGGUGCUGAGACUGAACAGGAACAGGAUCACGCAGCUUCCUGUCAAGGCCUUCCAGCUGCCCCAACUCAUGCAUCUGGACCUGAACCGGAACCGGCUGCGCCUGAUCGAGGGCCUCACCUUCCAGGGGCUGGAUGGCUUGGAGGUGCUCAGGUUGCAGAGGAACGUCAUCGGCAAGCUGACGGAUGGUGCCUUCUGGGGUCUGGCCCGAAUCAGAGUGCUUGACUUGCAAAACAACAGCCUGACGGAGGUGAACAGUGGCUCUCUGUACGGACUCACCGCCCUCCUCCACCUCUUCCUCGACCACAAUUUCAUCUCGCAUAUCAACCCUGAUGGCUGGAAGUUCUGCUCUGGCCUCCGUGAGCUGAGUCUGUCCCACAACAACCUGACACGGCUGGACGAGGGCAGCCUGGCCGUGCUGGGAGAGCUGCAAACCCUGCGACUGGGGCACAACUCCAUCAGCCACAUCACCGAGGGCGCCUUUCGCGGGCUCCGUGCCCUGCGACUGUUGGAGCUGGAUCACAAUGACAUCUCAGGCACAAUAGAGGACACCAAUGGGGCCUUCUCCGGCCUGGAUAGCCUGACCAAGCUGACUCUGUUUGGAAACAAGAUCAAGUCGGUGGCUAAGAAGGCUCUGGCGGGCCUGGAGGCCCUGGAGCACCUCAACCUGGGCAGGAAUGCCAUCCGCUCCAUCCAACCGGAAGCGUUCGGCAAGAUGAAAAGCCUCCGGGAUUUGCAGAUCCAGAGCGACAGCUUCCUGUGCGACUGUCAGCUGCGCUGGUUCCCUGAGUACCUGGCAGCAAGGGGCCUGCAGGCCGGGGUGGAGGCUGACUGUGCCCAUCCGGAGUCCCUGAAGGGCAAGAGCAUCUUCGAAGCACAGGCAGACAGCUUUGUGUGUGUGGACCUACCCAAGCCGCAGAUCACGGUGCAGCCAGAGACCACGGUGGCAGUGCUGGGCAAAGACGUGCGGCUGACCUGCACGGCGGCCAGCAGCAGCAGCUCACCCAUGACCUUCGCUUGGCGCAAGGACCAGGAGUUCCUGCGCGAGGCCGACGUGGAGAACUUCGCGCAUGUGCGGGCCCGCGACGGAGCCGUGAUGGAGUACACCACCAUCCUGCACCUGCGGACCGUCUCACUGGCACACGAGGGCCGGUACCAGUGCAUCAUCACCAACCACUUCGGCUCCUCCUACUCCAACAAGGCCCGGCUCACUGUCAACGUGCUGCCGUCCUUCGUGAAGAUGCCGCGGGACAUCACCAUCCGAAUGGGAGCCACGGCGCGGCUGGAGUGCGCGGCGCGGGGCCACCCGGCCCCUGUCAUCGCCUGGCAAAAGGACGGCGGCACUGACUUCCCGGCGGCGCGCGAGCGGCGCAUGCACGUCAUGCCCGACGACGACGUCUUCUUCAUCACCGGCGUGAAGGCGGAGGACAUGGGCGUGUACAGCUGCACGGCACAGAACACAGCAGGCACGGCCUCCGCCAACGCCACGCUCACCGUGCUGGAGACCCCUCACCUAGCUCAGGAGCUGGAGGACCGCAGUGCUGCGGUUGGGGAGACAGUGGCACUGCAGUGCAAGGCGCUUGGCAGCCCUCCUCCGAAAGUCACCUGGCUGAAGGGGGAGGAGCUUCUGCGUGUCACCGACCGGCACCAUUUCACGCCCGGCAACCAACUGCUGGUGAUCCGCGGUGUGGUGCCAGAGGACGCCGGCCGCUACACCUGCGUCAUGUCCAACGCGCUGGGCACCGAGCGUGCCCACAGCCAGCUCACAGUGCGCCACUCAGCCGCCUGUGGUACCCACGCCAGCCGUCCCGACAGCGCUGUCGCCGUGGGCAUCAUCGUGAUCGCCGUGGUGACCAGCAUCGUCGUUACCUCGCUCGUGUGGGUCUGCAUCAUCUACCAGACGCGGAAGAAGAGCGAGGAGUGCAGCGUGACCAACACAGAUGAGACCAUCGUGCCCCCUGACGUCCCCAGCUACUUGUCCUCGCAGGGCACCCUGUCCGACCGACAGGAUGUCUGCAUCCGUGUGGAGCCUGGAAGCGGGCCCCAGCCCAACGGGCACCUUGAUGGCCCUGCUUUCACUAGCCCCAUCGUCUGCCCAGAGUUCCUAGAAAAUGUCAACAGUUACUCCCAAGACCCGACCUACGUGCCUCAAGGCCAGCGAGCCGUGGAUAUGGGAUAUCUGCAGGACCACCACGGCACAGGGUACAGGCAGUCCAGGCGGGGGGAGGCCGGGGCCCCCAGUUAGGCCAGCACUGUAACGGCGAACCGGGAGUCAACAGGGAAGUUCACGCUUCGGUGUUUCCUAGCAACCACGACAGAGUGACAUCAAUCGGCCAAAACUGUGACAGAAAAGGCCAUCCUGUGAAUGGGGGUAACAACAUCACUGCCCCUCACCACGGUCUGCACCACACCUAUUGACGAGUCCUUUCAUAAACCGGUCAAGCUAGGGCCAGAUGCCCCAAGUUCGCCAGAUCCCGGGGGGCGAGUCUGACCUGAGACAGGCCCUGAUAUCCAACGGACACCCGGUGCAGUCGUGCGAUUCCCCCAACGGCGAGAGCGCCCCUCUGAGACGUGCCAUGGACUGAGCGCGUGGAAACGGGGGCACCUUGUUUUUCCCCUCCUUUUGCACUGAGAACUGCUACCUCGACUUCGAAGUGCCCCCUAGUGGCCUGGCGAGGGCGCGGCUGAAGCUUGAGGCCCGAGCUUGUGUGGGUGGUGUCCCGCCUGAGCGUUCCUGCUGUACAUACUUACCGAGAUCUUCCCAUGGGAGGCGCCGUUUCUAGAUGGAGAUGACCUGCAUUUGAAGCAUGUGAAUGUGGCCGGUGGUGUACAGUGGGAGGCGGAGCGGACUAGUUGUGCCUGUACAUAAGAUUUUUCAUAUAUGUAACUUUUACAGAGAGUAUUUGAGUCUAUUCAGUGCAUGUGAAAGAACGGAGUGGUGAUAGUUUUUUUUUUUUUAAACUGCUCUUUUUUUGGUUUAUCGAGUGUCUCAACUGUGGUGCCUUAUUGCAUGAACAAAAACCGUGAAGCCCCCCCCCCCCCCCCCCCCCCCCCACCGCGUGGCUGUUGACACCCCAGCGCCCUCAUCCGGCUCUUAUUUGCACUUGAUAGCACUCAGCUUGGCCUCAUGUCCCAGCUGCCAUUCUCAGCUUUGUGUAUGAAGGAAGGACUCAGCUGAUACUUAUUUCCAGAAAGCGUGGUGAGGUGGGAUCGUCCACUAGUGACGCUGCGUGUCUCAAGCACUUUUGUACUAAGGAUAAAGAACUAAAGACAUAAAAAAAAAGCAAAGGUUUAAAUAAUGCAAGCGUACUGUACUGGGAGUGUCUAUUUCAGACCGUGCUGGUGUGGGGAAUAACCUGCUUCUUUGAUGCCAUGACGUAAUAUGGAGGAUCUUUUACCUCUGGGUGGGCGGACUUUGCCGGAAGCUGCUUGGGUGGGCGUCGGCUACCUGUGGCCGGGCUCCCGGACGGUCCAUAUGGGACAUGCUAGGCGUGUGUGGAGCCCCCUGCAGGGCAAGAGAAACACUUCUCCAGAACCCUAAAGGAAACAGACUGAUGAAGUGCCAUUCCGGAACUUGCCGGAAGCAGGUGCUAGUGCCACUUUUUGUGUUGGAGGGGGGAGGGGGGCUAUUCGUGAGGCGCAUUCCCUUCAAUGGUAGGGGAGUGCAGACGUGCCCGCCUGAGCCGCUAAAAGCCCCCCGCCCCACCUACCCAGCCUGGAUACCAGCAUGAACUUGGGAAGGUCCUCUUCAAGUGAAGGGAUCAGGUGACCAUCUGGUUCUCUAUCGGUACAAAUCUAUUUAUUUAUGUGAACUUUGAAAGCUGUUGUACCGUGAAAAUGCUCAAAAGAUACUGUGUCCAUUAAAGUCACAUUUAUUACUCUA